AUGUCUGUACCAAGAUUCCAAAAACUAAACUAUGGGUCAUAUGAUAAUUACAUCCCAGUCAGUGAAUUAAGUAAAAAAUCAUGGAAUCAGCAACACUUUUCCCUGGCAUUUCCCAAACCACCGCGGCCAGGAAAAAAAGUGAGAUCAAGACCUUCCCAACUACAAGACAAGGCAGCUUUAAAACCUGAUGAAGACAAAUUAAAGGGAGGUUCUCAAAGACCAUUAUGGAUGCACCGUUCUUUAAUGCUAAUUUCAGAAAGACCAUCUGUCUAUUUAGCUGCCAGGCGACGGCCUCCAACUCGUGGCCCAGAUGCAGCAGCAGCUAAAGACAAGAAGGACGCAUUAGAGUCAGAAACUGAAUCCGCAGUUUCACAUGAGCCCAAAAUAACUAGGAAAGAUUCAAAAAAAGACAAGCAUUUAGAAACAAAAACACCAGGUACCAAAAAAGAGAAAAAGUCAAUAAAGAUCAUAGACUCAACUACAGAAUCAGAAGCUGAAAAGGGAGACACAAAGAAAGAUACAAAAAAAGAUAAAGGCUCGAAGAAGGGCAGGGGGUCAGAUGCAGAAUCAGAAGAGGAAAAAGGAGAACUGAAGAAAGGUUCAAAAAAAGAAAAGAAAGUUUCAAAGAAGGACAAGGGGUCAGAUGCAGAGUCAGAAGAGGUAAAAGGAGAACUGAAGAAAGGUUUAAAAAAAGAAAAGAAAGGUUCAAAGAAGGACAAGGGGUCAGAUGCAGAGUCAGAAGAGGUAAAAGGUGAACUGAAGAAAGGUUCAAAAAAAGGAAAGAAAGGUUCAAAGAAGGACAAGGGGUCAGAUGCAGAGUCAGAAGAGGUAAAAGGAGAACUGAAGAAAGGUUCAAAAAAAGGAAAGAAAGGUUCAAAGAAGGACAAGGGGUCAGAUGCAGAGUCAGAAGAGGUAAAAGGAGAACUGAAGAAAGGUUCAAAAAAAGGGAAAACUACAAAGAAGGGCAAGGGGUCAGAUGCAGAAUCAGAAGAGGAAAAAGGAGAACUGAAGAAAGGUUCAAAAAAAGAAAAGAAAGGUUCACAGAAAGACAAGGAGUUAGUAGUUGAAGAACCAGGAGAGGAAAAAGAAUUGCUGAAGAGAGGUUCCAAAAAAGAUAGGGGUUCAAAGAAGCACAAGGAGCCAACUGAAGAACCUGGAGAUGAAACAACAGAUGCAAAGAGAUCCAAUGACAAAGAGGAUGAAUCAAAAGACAAAAAAGAAGGCAAGAAAGAAAGAAAGAAAACAGCCAAGAAAGAAAGCAAGAAAGAAAGAAAGAAAGAAGGCAAAGAAGGCAACGAAGGCGAGAAAGAUGCCAAGGGAGAGACUGAGACAGAAUCUGCUGAUGCAAAAAAGGAGGGAAAGAAGGGCAAGUAG